AUGGACGAAUCGAUUCAAAGCAAAGGUGGUACAAGACGGAGGGCCCAUGGAGAACUGGGAAUCUUUUCCAAAGCCGCCGUCGCUUGCGUCUCUCCUCAAUUGCUAGAGAACAACAAGGCUGCCAUGUGCAUGGACAAUUCGAUUGAUCAAACAUUGGAGUACAAGGAACGGUAUGUUCCCGUUGCCAAGGCCAAGGUGAAGAAAGUGAAGGAUACAUACGGUCCCGUGGUCAAGGAAUCGGCAGUUGACUUUGCCAUGACGGCCGCCGAAGCGUAUCGACAAGAAUGCAAGAGUGAGAAGCAAAAUCGAGGAGGAGACGAACUCUUUUUUCAGAACCCAAAUGCCACAACUCCUUAUCCGGACGAACCCAACAAUAGUUUACUAGCAGGCUCUGGGAAUAGAAGUCACGAUGGUAGUUUGAGUUUGCUCGACGAAAAGAAGGAGCCUGUCUUUGAUCCUUGGGGUGAAAAGAAGGAUUCUUUGUUUGAUGGAGAGGAGGAAGAGUCGGAUGUUAAUUUGAAUGGUGGAGGUAUACCGUUCAUCAAGGAAAAGAAACAGAAUGCCAACCUUUUAUCCCGAUACAAUUAUUCCAACGACAAUGGCGCGGAUGUCGAUCGACCCCAAGCUCCUGUCCGCCGUCGAUUUCCGAACACGAACGAGCUCAUGGGUCGAACUGGCAGCCUAACACCCCCAAGGGUUGCUCGAAGUGUGGACAAGAGUCCAUUUCAAUCUGGUAGUGCUGGCGGCAAACACGAGUUGCGAGCUACUCGAAUGGAACUCUUUCGUCAGGGUCAAGAAGGAAAGAAUUCUUCCAGUUCUGAAUCUCGCCUCACCAAGGCCUUGGUGGACUUGGAACAACAGGACAGCACUGUAGAUGCUCUCAAGAGGCAGUUGGAAUUGACUCAAUCCGAAUUGGACGAAGCACACAACAAGCUCGAUCAGGCUCAUAGAAUGGCCCAAGAAAAUAACUUUCGGGGGAAUCAAGUGCAACGCAGACAAAUGGCAGGCAGACAUCAAGAGGAAACAGCGCAAACGGAUCACUUGCAACAAAUCAUUGCCAACCUGAAAUUAGAAAUUGCUACUCUUCAACAGCAAGCGCAAGAACGAGAUAGGUCUGCUACGCGUGGGUUGCCUUCCCUUUCGGCCAGCUUUGAUGGAGCAAGUAGGGGUGGUACAACCAAUAAGAAUCAAAUGAUUUCGCUGCGAGCCGAGAUUGUCGAGUUGAGAUCGCAACUGGCCGAAGCGCAUGCCAGUAACAUUGACGACAAUGCUUCGGUUCGUACGUUUGAGGAAUUGGACGACUUGAAACAAAAGCUUCAGGAUACCGAAGACGAAUUGAGAAGUAUUAAAAACAAGGAACAAAACUUUCAAAAAUUGCAAGAACAAAUGUUCCUAUUGCAAUAUGAGGCCAAUGAUACCAAGAAGCGAUUGGAAAAUCAAUUGCAAGACGCUUCCAAGGUGGAGCUUGAACUAAGGUCGGAACUCUCCAAGACCAAGUCAUCGUUACACAAGUUGGAAAAUGAAAGUUCUCGCAGGCGAUUGUUCAAUUCAGCUGGGGGCAAUAAACAAUUGCAAACGGCACGAGAAGAAAUUGCUAAACUCAAGGAGGAGUUGGGACAGGAAAAGAAGAAUGCAAAGCACGAUCUCGACAAUUUGUCCAAGGAACUGGAGGAAGUCAAGCAUAAGUUGAUGAUCUCGGAUGAUGAACUCGUUGACGUCAAGGCUCAAGCUCUGAGUGAUCGCAAAAAGAUGCAAGAUGGUAUGAGAGAACAGUCGGAAACGGUCAGGUCUAUGCAACAACAAAUUCAAUCCAAGGAUGAAAAAAUGAUUGCGCAUCUGCGCAAGAUUUCCGAAUUGGAGGCCCUGCUCGCUGACAAUGGAGUCGAUUCCUCGGCACACUUGAAAAAAAUUAGCUCUUUGGAACGAAAAGUGGCCCAACUGGAAUCAUCCGAGAGGAGGCUGCAACAGGAAUUGGAGCUACAAAAGAACUUGCUCAAGGAAGAGCGAGAUCAGGCGUCCAAGAAAGCAGGGGCUAGUGUGGACAAGGAGAGUGUGCGUCGACUAAAGGAACGCAUGGAACGGGUCAGGGCGUUUGAAUCACCGAAUCCCACGAGGGGAGAUGUGGACUCGGUGAUGCGGGAAACGGCCUUGAAGAAACAGAUUGAAGCUCUUAAUGCAAAAGUCACGAGCCUACAAAAGAGCCAAUCUUCCGAUGGGGUAAAGGAAGAGAUUCUGCUCAAUGAAAUUGCUUCGCUCAAAGCAAAACUACGACAAACAGAAAGUUCGGGGAAAGAAGAAAAGCUGCGAUCCGAAGCGGAACGUCGCAUGAGUCGGGAUCUUAGCACAGGUCACUCCCGGGAAUUGGAGCGCCUGCGUCAAGAACAAUUGGAAACUCUAGCUGCCAAGAACAAGAUGGAGCAAGAACUUAUGGAAUUGCGAAAAAAGUUGAUGGAGGCAACCCAAUCCAAUGUGCAAACUGCCACUGCAAAAGCCAAAGAGUCAGAGGGAGCCGAGGUCACUGUCAAAGUGAACCGUUUGCGAAACGAACUGGCAGUGGCUCGAAAUCGUCUGGUGACGGCACGAGAACAGUCGAGAGCCUUCGAUGGAGAUUCCAUUUCCACCAAGAACUCGACUCCUCAACGUCGCCCAGUUUCCUUGCCACAGUCUCCUGCGUCUCCGGUCGAGUCCAGCGUUUCGCAAGGAUCCUCCUGGGCACCUCCCAACAUUAAUAGACUUCGUGUGGUGAUCAAACAACCGUCUAAUCCCACCGAACCUGAAGGGAUCAAAAACGAAACCGCUUCAGUGCCUUUGCCCGCUCUUCCUGCAGCUACUGCUGCCAGCAAUACAACCAAGAGUCCUCCCACCAAGAUUCUCGUCGCAUCGACAUUGCGUUCGUCGGCUGUCAUUACGCCAGAAGCUACUGCUUCAAGCAGUACAACCAAGAGUCCUCCCACCAAGAUUCUUGUCGCAUCGACAUUGCGUUCGCCGGCUGUCAUUACGCCAGAAAAGGCCGAAGUCUUGCCUCGUGCCAUACCUCCUGCGUAUGGUAGUAGCAAGAGUCGGUCCUCGAGCACAGACUUGAGACAGCGGUUGGAAGCGUCGCGACGUCGAUUGGACAAUGCGAACGUCAAGCUCGAAAAGUUGCUAGCUCCUGGCAAUUUUGUGAUUGUCGAGGAAGAGAAAAACGAGAGUCUAUUGGACGAGGUCCUGGGGCAAUGA